UAUCUUGAGAAUGUUCACGGUAAUUCGUCAUCCGUUUCUCUAAACAGUUGGCAGAAUUUGAGCGUUCGGUGUGACGAUAGUCUGCCGUCGGCGUCCGUUCGUAGGAAAGCUAGAAGGCAUUGUAGGGUACCUUUGUCAGAUUAAAGUAAAGCGAAUUGGUUGAAAAAGGAAUCUAAUACUGAGAAAAAGAGGGUUUAGAAACUGAAGGAUAAUUGAUUAGCAGUUUCAACUACGUUUUGGAUUCCCUGAUCUCUUGAACUCCCCGCGGGUUUUUUCUUUCUCGCGAGGUGAAUAACAGUGGUACAUAGUCGAACCCCUGACCCCUCCUCGGGAGGUUCGCGCCUCGGCGCCUAAGCCAUACCAAAGGAAAGAGCAAGACAUUGCGGAAGCAGGAAGGUUAAGAGGACGGCACGAAAGGGAGAUCGCGCCGUCCAUCACCAUGAAGCUCGUUGACCACGUGGUGAGGAGCUUCAAGGUGGCCAAGGUUUUCCGUGAAAAUUCCGAUCGUAUAAACAGCAUCGACUUUUCACCGAACGGGGACACUUUGAUCUCUUGUUCAGAGGAUGACCAGAUCGUGAUAUAUGACUGUGAGAAAGGCACUCAGGUGCGUACAGUCAAUUCUAAGAAGUACGGUGUAGAUUUAAUUCAUUUCACACAUGCGAAGAACACCGCAAUACACAGCAGUACCAAAAUUGAUGAUACAAUCCGUUAUCUCAGUCUACACGACAACAAGUAUAUAAGAUACUUCCCAGGACAUAGCAAGAAAGUUGUGUCGCUGUGUAUCAGCCCUAUAGAAGAUACAUUUCUUUCUGGUUCUUUAGACAAGUCAUUGAGACUAUGGGAUUUACGUUCACCUAACUGUCAUGGUGUUAUGAAUGUCUCAGGACGCCCUGUUGCCGCCUAUGAUCCAGAAGGUCUGAUUUUCGCUGCAGGUGUUAAUUCAGAGUUCAUUAAGUUGUAUGAUUUACGCAGCUUCGAUAAGGGCCCAUUUGUCACAUUUAAAUUGUCACAAGAAAAGGAGUGUGAUUGGACAGGAUUAAAGUUCAGCAGAGAUGGCAAAACUAUUUUGAUUUCCACGAAUGGUAGUACAAUUCGAUUGAUCGAUGCAUUUCAUGGCACACCGUUACAGACAUUUGCUGGUUACCUAAACAAUAAGGGAAUUGCAAUCGAGGCCAGUUUUAGUCCCGACUCGCAGUUUGUAUUCAGUGGAUCUACAGAUGGUAGAGUGCAUGUAUGGAAUGCCGAGACAGGAUACAAAGUUUGUGUGCUAAACGGUGAUCACCCCGCACCAGUCCAAUGUAUUCAGUUUAAUCCAAAGUAUAUGAUGUUAGCAUCAGCAUGUACCAACAUGGCAUUUUGGUUACCAACUGUCGACGAAAGUGCAUAAACUUAAUGCAUUAAACAAUGAGCAACGCUCUUAAGAAUUUACAUAAUUUUGUGCAAGAAUGAGACGCCGGUGUUGGAAUGAACCCAAGAAGCAAAAGGACUCGCUAUAAUAUCCAGGAUCGGCCCGCUUGGCUCAUUGGCUCACUUUGAGUACGUCAUGCACUGUUUACGUAUUUUGCCAUCUUCAUCGUCAUGUACUUUAUGGUGCGAUGAACGUGACCAUUAUAAUACCUUGUCAAUAUUUAAGAACCGUGAUAUACAUUGCUUCUCUUCUUUCUCAAAGUAUACUACAAAUAUUGCUAGUAUUUGAAUGUGUCAUCUUGUGUACAUAAUUCCUUCUUGUGUACCUGUGUGUAAUAUAAUGAUGCAGAAUUAUCUACCAUAUUGCUACGAAAACUCUUCAAAUUCUACAUUUCAACUGAUUUUUACAUGAUUAAUGAUUUUACACGAGCAUUUUAUUCUUGCAUUGCAUCUCUCGUUAUAAUUCCACAAAGUCAUAUUAAACAUACAGAGUUUUGGAUAAUUACAGAAAACAAAAUUGACACGUAACGCCAGUAUUCUCUAAUGAACAUAACGUACGCAUACGCAAUUUUCGGCUAAGCAAACUUCUUCAUGCGAGUCAGCGAACUUGAAGCGAGUUCGAAGCGCAGACAAAAAGAAAAUGGACAAAAUUUUGAUGAAUUCGUAACGACACUUGAAAAGAAAUAUCAUCAUAUGCUAUGUACACAAUGAAGUUCCACGACACACGCAAAUACGCGCAGAUGUGCGUUCGCGUUCAACUCUAGGAUAUAUUAGUAUCCGAAAAAAAGGGGGAAAAAACGGUGGAUCGUAGCCGCUGAUAUUACGUAUGAAGAGAUCGUUAUGCUCGUGUUGCAUCGAUGGAAAAUUAAGCAAUUGGUUAUGUUGUUUAAAUUUCUCCCCAGUGGCCGUCCGAGAUCAGGGAUAUUACUUUCUUCUCCGAGCAUUGUCGUCGACGGUGUCUGCACGAAAUUUAAAUAAUAUGCAACGAUACAUCGUUAAGUGUGUAAA